CUGCCACUUGGAACCUGUGGACUAAUAGUGAUUGACACCGUGCCGACACUGAAGAUUAAAUUCAUCUAUCUGUCACUCUGGACUGUGAGCCUGGUAACAUUCUUUUUUUUGUAUUGAUUUGUGUGCUUUGGUGGAUAUGGUGAUUUGCUGAUACCUUUGCGUAAUCAUUCAGCAGCCCUAUCCAUCGAAAAUGCCUUGACUGUUUUUUAAGGUUGCAUAAUUCCUGUAGUGGGUCUCAAGUGGAGCCAUUGUUUACUGGUCUGAGAUUUCGGGAGACUGAAUAGCUCAAUGGAAUAAUAUAAGAGAAUCAGCAGUGUAGUGCAUUUGUUCGUGAGACAAUUUUUUUUAAAUCGAGCUCCCACACCUUUACUGUAAAAUGCAUUUUGUAUGACGUGCCCACAUCAGGAGAUAUACAAGCAGGAUGGUACUUGGCAUAGUGUCAAAAGAAACAAGUGAGAGGGAUCUACCCAAUCAUGGGACAGGCUCUCGCCAUGCUAGAAACACAGCUCUGAAGAGCACCCUUAAAGAUGUCACCGCAGCGUUUCUGACCAGGACCAAGGUGCACGGGCUGAAAUAUGUCUUUUCACGGGACAAGUCCAAACUGUGUCGCACCCUGUGGCUCCUUUCCAUCUUCGUGUGCAUCGGGCUCCUGUGCACCUGGUCGUGGAACCGCAUCCUCUACCUGCUCUCCUUCCCGGUCGUCACCAAGCUCCACAUGGUGUGGGCGUACAACAUGAGCUUCCCGGCGGUGACCCUCUGCAACGAGAACUUCUUCCGGGUGUCGGGGCUCACCCAGGCUGACCUGUACCACAGCGGCUACUGGAUGGACAUUAUGCACCAGAACCACUCGGUUAACCGCAGGAGCGUGGCCAUGCUGAGGCUCAGCAGCCAUCACGAGCGUCUCUUGCGCCUGCUGGACUUCUCCGACUACAGCCCGCCACUGCCCCAGCACCACUUCAACACCACGGAGAUGGUCAGCCGCCUCAGCCACCAGCUGGAGGACAUGCUGCUGGAGUGCAAAUUCCAGGGCGAGAACUGCACCUACAAGAACUUCACCCCCAUUUAUACAAGAUACGGAAAGUGCUACACGUUCAACUCUGGCUUGGACGGGAACCCCCUGCUCACCACGCUGAAAGGUGGCACGGGCAACGGACUGGAGAUCAUGCUGGACAUCCAGCAGGAUGAGUACCUCCCUGUCUGGGGUGAAACAGACGAAACAUCCUACGAAGCAGGCAUCAAGGUUCAGAUCCACCACCAGGAUGAGCCGCCCUUCAUAGACCAGCUGGGAUUUGGUGUGCCCCCUGGCUUUCAAACUUUUGUGUCAUGUCAGCAGCAACUGCUCCAGUACCUCCCUCCUCCCUGGGGAGACUGCAAGUCAACCCCCAUCGACUCUGACUACUUCACCACGUACAGCAUCACCGCCUGUCGCAUCGACUGUGAGACGCGCUACCUGCUGGAGAACUGCAACUGCAGGAUGGUCCACAUGCCAGGAACUUCCACUGUUUGCACACCAGAGCAGUACAAAGACUGUGCUGAUCCCGCCUUAGAUUUCCUGGUAGAGAAAGACAAUGACUAUUGUGUGUGUGAGACUCCCUGCAACAUGACCCGGUAUGGCAAAGAGCUAUCCAUGGUGAAAAUCCCCAGCAAGGCCUCAGCCAAGUAUCUGGCAAAGAAAUUCAACAAAACCGAACAGUACAUCGGGGAAAACAUACUGGUUAUGGACAUCUUCUUUGAGGCUCUGAACUAUGAGAAGAUCGAACAAAAGAAAGCAUACGAGCUCGCCGGAUUACUAGGAGACAUUGGGGGACAGAUGGGCCUGUUCAUUGGAGCUAGCGUCUUAACAAUAUUGGAAAUCUUUGACUACUUAUACGAGGUGUUUAAGGAUAAGGUACUGGGUUAUUUCAUGCGCAAGAAAAGACCGCAGCGCUGUCCGAGCGACAAUUUGAGCACCUGUGACACACUCCGGAGUCACUCGGACAGUCUCGGAUUCACGUCGAACAUGCUACCUCGUCACCCGACUGUAGGCAACUUCGAGGAGUUUGCCUGUUGACGACUCGAGCAGCAGGCCAGGGUGGGUCCAGGAAAACUAGGGUUAGACAGCAUACUGUGAAGUCAUAUGUUCAAGAAACAAACAAACACACAAAUAGGAAGUCACAUCAAAAAAACUCCAGUCACAUAAAGAAUGAAUCAACCAAUCAGUCAAUGCCUGACAUAGAAAUAAUAUUCUUCUCAAGUACAAACGAGCGACACUUCCAAACCAGAACUCAGGUUUUACUGCCACCUAUGGGCAUCAGUGUGACACUUCAUCAUUUCAUCGUGUUUGUAUCUCUGCCACACUGCAUUUUAGUCGCUUUAGCAGGUUAAAGACCCUGAUGAAGACAAAAUGCCAUCAUGAAAAAGAGGUGAAUAGUUUCUAGCAGUCCUUCAUUGUCUUUAUUAUUAAUUGUGACUAAAUUAGAAUCAUUGUGAAGACUUGGAAACAGAGCGAGCUCAGAAACAUCAAACGGUAUUUCCAUUUGAAGGGUUUCUCUGACAUGCAGUAAACGUUCAGGUACAAAUUAGAAGAGGACAGGAGGUUGGUCUGGCCAUCUUAUAAGCUGCUUCUAAGGUUUGAGGGAUAACAGCGAUAUUCAUGAUCUUUCCACCCAGUAACAUCACACAUUUACCCAUUGCCUUGUUUCUGUUCAUUUUCAGAUUUAUUUCUUUGUUAUUGAAGUGUGUAGGUUACUCUCUCAUAAUUAUACUGGCAUCAUACUUCUCUCUCCCUCCAUGCCAGUUUGAUCUUGAUUAUGACAUUUAGAAAGCUGGCUGCAUUAUAAUGCCUAGUGAAUUUCAUUAUUAGAUUUCAUUUUUUAUAAUGAAAAGGUCCAUGGUACUACACAUUGAAACUGGUCAUUUUGUGCAGCAUAACAGAUGGAAAUUUCUAUACCAGGAUUUAUAUAUAUUGUACUAAAGACCAAUGCAAAAAGUUCUAAAAUGUUGGUCAAAAAGCACCAUGAAUUUAACUGCAUUGUCAUUUAAUGAAACUCAAUUUUAAAGAAAUCAAUCUCCAAGAAUCUCCUCAAAAUACUGUGACAUUAUUUGCACAAAUUUGCACUUUGCAAGGCAUUCAUUUUGGAAACAUUGACACAAAGCUGUCUCAUCUGACACCACAAACCCUACAGGUUUUGCACAAUUACUACCCUUAUUUGAGUCACUUCAUGAAAACUUUCCCCCUAAAAUCAUGUAAAUUAUUCCAUUUGUUAAAAGCAUUUAUUCUUACUUGCACAACCUACUUUUUAAGCUCUUCACUUUUUUUUCCUGAUUCCCACAAACAACUGCAGACAUUCAAGUAGACCACAAGUGUCUUCCAGUUGGCAUGGAAUCAAAUUUCUUUGACCGAUCACUGAGAAAAAAGAGCUUUGUUUUAGAUAGGCAGGACAUUACACAAUAGCUUAGAGCAAGCCUAGGAAAUAGCCCCCCAUCUGCCCCAUAUAAUGUAUUGCAUUUAAGUGCACUGUAUUAUUGCAUUGUUAUAUACAAUUGUAACAGGAUUUCUAGUAUAUGUAACACAGAAAACCGUAAGUCGUGGAGUGUAAAUUAAGUACUAUAAUAAACAAUAUAUUUAACCAUCUUGCUAUGUACAUAUCUUUUUAUGUUUGUGUCAGUCUAAUUUCUGGCAUUGUGCGCCCCCAGUUAGUCUGCUUACAAUGUAUUAACUUUGACGUAUUGCAACAUGUCUUGUUAAUGUAGAGUACACAUUAUGUUUGUCAUAAACACAUCACUCUGCUCUUUCACGAGUGUUCUUUUAAAGAAUGUAAGUAUGACGUGGCUCAAAUGCCAUCUGUGUGAAUAAUGUCUGGACUGUUUACCCUGUGCAUAAACUGUUACCGGGGCGGCGACUAACACUAUGACGACGGACCUCUCAUUGUGGACAGUGUUUGUGUCAUCUGCACCAACUACUCUGCCUCGCCGUAUUGCAGUCCUGAUACAGUGUGUAGUGCUCUGAAUGUGUCCAGCUUUAUUGACAGUGUAAGAGCAUCCAACAUCAGUACUUUAAUCCUCAGGUGUUAUUGUAUUGGUUUGUUUUGCAUUACAGUCAUGCAUAUUUAUUGGAUAGAUUUGAGAACAUUGGGAUCUUGAGAAUUAUGGCACUGGUAUUGUGUAACUUUGGAUGGAUUUUUUUUUUCAUACAUUGAUUAGCAAAUAACCAUUCUGUAUGUUGAGGGAGCCAUUUGUUUACUGGGAUACUGCAGUAUUAUAAGUGAAAGUUUCAAAUCCAGUCAACAUGAUGUAUUUAGGUUACAAGCAAUAACAAUCAAGUGAAAAUGCUAGCUCUCCAGUUACGGUCUACUAUAAAAAUCACAUCAAUGCCAUCUCGUAAUGCAGUGGUCAUUUGUUUAAAAAGACUAUACUAGACUUAAUGUGGCAUUCUUGAUACUUGAUGUUUGAUCAGUAUACAGUUGUUGAAAAGUGAAUGAACAGGCUGGCUAUAUUCAUAGAUUUGGAGGGAGAGGAGAAUAUAGGAGGUGUUAAUGUGCUACUAGGUUAAUGUAUGAAUUGUGUGUCGCUAAAGUCACUGUUGAGUUUUGCCAUCAGAACAAUAUAUCUUAAUUUUUCAAAAUCAAUCCCAUAUAAAUUUAAACAACUCAAAUGGCAAAUAAAUUUGUCCUUUCCUGGUG